AUGAAAGUGUUGUGUGAUAUGGAUACUGAUGGAGGAGGCUGGAUUGUUUUCCAGAGACGUUAUGAUGGAUCAGUUGAUUUUUUCCGUGAUUGGAAUUCCUACAAGAAAGGUUUCGGGAGCCGCCUGACUGAGUUUUGGUUGGGCAACGACAAUCUUCAUAUGCUGACAUCAUCAGGCACCUGGGAAUUGCGUAUCGAUCUAUACACCGUUGACAACAAAAAGAAUUUUGCCAAGUAUGCGUCCUUUCAAGUCCUGGGAGAGGCUGAGAAAUACAAAUUAUUACUUGGGGCUUUUACUCAGGGCGAUGCAGGUGACUCCAUGGAUGUUCAUAUGAACAUGCCAUUCUCCACAAAGGACAACGACGUUACUGCAGACAAAUGUGCCAGCCUACACAAAGGAGGAUGGUGGUACAAUAACUGCCACCAUGCAAACCUGAAUGGGCUUUACCUACUGGGACCUCAUAACUCCUAUGCUGACGGUAUCAACUGGUACACCGGACAUGGUUACAAUUAUUCCUACAAGAUAUCUGAAAUGAAGAUUAGACCAAUCUAA